AUGUCGUUGCAGUCCACUAUGGUGUUCAGUGAGUGGCAGACUCGGCUCAAAGACGAGGUAUGAAAGACACAGGGUAUUAAAGAAAGAUCUCAGCAGUAAAUUAGCCAGUUCUACAGAGAUCCAACAGUAAAAUCAGUUUGGUCAGAGCAUCCCUGAUCACUCCACUCCCUGGUUAGGGGGGCAAUACAACAAUUAGACACAUGCCAGAUUCACAAAGGUGUCAAAUAUAUGCCAUUUAAAAUAAGUUCACUGCAGUAAUCCAGAGCUUGUAGUAAGAUUAUUCAUUAGUUAAGUAACAUUGUGAAAUAAAUUCACUGUCUCUCUUAAGGCCAGUGAUGAUUAAGGCCUUAAACUAGCAUAUUAGCUUGACCUCCCAUAAUUUUCUCUCCCUCUGGGUGUGGAACAAUCCCAUCAGUACCAAAAGCUUCACAUCCUGGAUACUGCGUCCACGGUUGACAGAAAUGUUCUCCAAACAGAUUUCUGUUAAUACCCUGUGUCUUUCAUCUCUUUCUCUCUCAAAACUGUUAAAUCUGAUUUGUUAUUAUGAAUUUUGUUUUAGCCUCAUUAAUGCAUGCAACCUGGUCUUAAAAGCUUCUCUCAGUUAGUGAGUAAAAUUAAUUUCGACAUUACAUUAUAAUGAUGACAUUGUUGUUUUGAAGCUCACUAUACUUUACUAUUACAUGUGUGAACUUACCUUUUGCUUUCCUUUUUUUUUUCCAAGGUACAUCAACCUCAUCUGGCAAGUGAUCCAAGCACAUCUCAGCCACGUUCUGGUGAGUACGCAAACACAAAGGGUAAAUAAAUUAUGAUGAACAGCAUAAAUAAAAAAAUAAAUUAAAAAAAAUCACUGUUUAGAAGAUGUACCCCCAAUGAAAACAUGCAUGCAUUUAAUUGUGCAUUUUUUCAUUGGGGCUAUAUCUAACAACAGCUUGCAGAACCGGCAGUUCUCUUGUCUUCAGUCAUUGCAAGCACGGAGUCCAGUGUCAAAAAAGAUCCCCAUCGGAAAGCAUUGGCAGCGCAUGCGCAUUAGGCUCCACUCGGAGGCUGACAUCAAUGGAGGAGGAGAGGUCACCAGUGCUGAGGGAGCCUGACGCUGGAUUAAGGUAAGCAAAUAAAUGGUUAUGUAACCCUUUAUUUGUCACGAAACAGGCCCUAGUCACCUAAAAGAUGACUGGGGCUUUAUAGCACUAGGAAUACAUAAUUGUAUUCCUAACGCUAUAGUGUUCCUUUAACUGGUAGCACAAUUAGAAUUAAUUAACAGUGCUAUCAAUUCUACAAUUAUAAUUGAUUAACAUUGCUAAGUCCUCCUUAGAUAUAAGUUUAAAUAUUUCCUAGAGUAACACUAUUCUUUUUACAUUAAAAAAAUACACUAUAAAUUAUAAAAAAGAUAGUAGAGACACAGCUACAUGUAAUAAUUUCUACAACAUGUCCACAAAUCCAUUUAUUUGCAUGUUACUAACACUGCCUAGCUCAUCUAUUUCAUGUCAAAGGCAGUCUGUUGGAAGAGGUGAAGAGUACAGGUCGCUUCAUUUACCUGUCCACCUGUCACAUGAGGACAGUGUGAUUGAGGUGGCGCUGUCCUCUGCAGAAUUGAUUGCCUGCUCCCUGGAGGAGGACACGGGCCCAAGGUCUGUCUUCAAGACUGUCCACAGUGUGGCUGCACAAGAGCCACCCAUCACACCACCAUUUGUCCAGCCACUGCCACCUCUCCAGAGAGAGCCAUCACCUGGCCCAGCAGUAUCCCUACAGCGGAUCGAGGAGCUGCUGGAGGAUAUGGUUUGGGCCAUAAGGUGGCAGACCCAGGCCAUCAACCACAUGAGUCUCAACUUGUCAACACAAAUGGACCUCCACCCCGCCAGGACCAUCCCCGAUGAUUCCUCCAGAGAAGGCAUCCACCUGCGGAGACAAGGACCUCGUGACCAGAGGUCCCGAUAA